AAGUGUGUGGCUUGUUUAUGCGCCAGUAAUUCAAGAAGUGGAUUUUCCUGUCUUUCAUAUACUAUAAAAUCAAGAUCGUGGAAGCACAUUUCCUAGCGCGCAGCUGAGCAAACUGUUGUAAAUAAUUUGUUUAUAAUGUUCCUAAAGUACUUCGCAGUUUUACUGUGUGCAUUGCACAUAAAUAUUCUCAAUGCGGGCAUUAUUCCAAACCCUUACAUUGUCAGAAGUAACUUAUUGCCAGAUCCCACAGCUUGUGGAGUUUUUGUGGAAAAUAAAAUUUUUGGUGGAAAGAAAACCGAGUUGGAUGAGUUUCCCUGGAUGGUAUUGCUCGAGUACCACAGGUGUGGUAAAAGGGAAUUUGAUUGUGGAGGGUUUCUUAUCAAUAAUAGAUACGUAGUUACAGCCGCACAUUGUAUUGAUGAUGAGUUAAAAAGUGUUCGUUUGGGCGAGUGGAAUCUGGAUACUAAUCCUGACUGUUCUGCCGUUGACAAUUGUGCACCACCUGUUGUUGAUAUUCCCAUAGAAGAGAAAAUCACUUAUAAGGAGAAUAGUUCAGGUGUAAGCUCUCGCCACGACAUUGCUCUUUUACGAUUAAAGCACGAAGUUCAAUACUCAGACUUUAUUAAACCAAUUUGUCUUCCAAACACCGUUGACGAAAUUACGAAGUCUUACGUUGACCAAAAGCUUAUCGUGACUGGUUGGGGCUUUACUGAGGCAAAUAAAAGUAGUAACAUCAAACUUAAAGUCAAAGUUCCCGUUAAAAAAUCGUCUGAUUGUGAAGUUGGAUUUAGAAAUGCUUAUAACGUCGACAUAAGUUUGAGUGAAUACGAGAUGUGUGCAGGAGGAGAAAAAGGCAAAGAUUCGUGUGUGGGUGAUAGUGGAGGGCCUUUGAUGACUCUCAGAAGAGACAAAAACAAGGACCCGAGAUAUGUUGCUGUGGGGGUGGUGUCUAGUGGACCAGCUAAGUGUGGGUCGGAAAAUCAACCAGGGGUUUAUGUGAGAGUUGUUAAAUACGUCUCUUGGAUUAUUAGUAAUUUAAAAAUCUAAAACUAAGUCAUGAUUGUGAAAAUACUAAAACCAUUGAAAAUUUGCAGUGUUAAUUUAUCAACUUCUCAUACACUUUUUUGAGAGACUGUAAUAUACACUAAUAGGUUAAGUUAUAAUAAGUUAUUUAUGUGUUGCAAAUUGUAAAUACCAAAACAAGACUAACAUAUGUAAUAAAUCUGUAUUCAAUAAAUAUCUUUUAAUACAA